ACACCUCCCUCGAUCCAGACUUCUCUCUCACAUUAGACAAGAGCACCACCUUCUUCUCACUUCUCUCUCUCUCUCCCUCCAUUCAGUUUUUGCUGAUCCAUCUUACAAGGAGUCACGGAUCUUACCACUCUCCAACUUCUUUCCCCCUAGAGUCUAGAUGAUAGAUGACAAUUCUUUGACGCAUUCUUGAUGAUGAAUCAAUGGAGGAGGAGAAUUUUGAAAACGGAAUUAGGUUUUUCUUAAUGAUGUGAAGGAGGAACAUUCUUGUGGUUGUGGAGGUGGAGGAAUUAUUCCUCAUUCGAAUUGGUGGAAAUAAUGAUUUUUUUUUUCGAGGAAUUGGUAAUUGUAAAUUGAUUGAGAUCGACUAAUUUUCUGUACAAGGAGAUGGCGUUUUCGCCUAUCAGAUUUUUGUUCCUCUUCCUACUUCUAUCCGUUAUUGGAUGGGUCGUUUUCAUAUUUGCCGCAAGGUUGCUGGCUUGGAUCCUAAGCCGUGUAAUGGGAGCAUCUGUGGGGUUUCGUGUUGCUGGAUGGAACUGUUUGCGUGAUGUGGUUGUGAAAUUUAAAAAGGGUGCUGUGGAAUCUGUAUCUGUUGGUGAAAUCAAGCUAAGUCUACGCCAGUCUCUGGUCAAGCUUGGGGUUGGUUUCAUUUCUAGGGACCCAAAGCUGCAGCUGGUAAUAUGUGACUUGGAAAUUGUUAUUCGGACUCCAGCCAAAAGUGUCAAGAAGGCUAGAUCUCGGAGUAAAUCGGGGAGGUCUCGCUCUUCUGGCAGAGGAAAGUGGAUGGUUGUGGCCAACAUGGCAAGAUUCUUGUCAGUUUCUGUGACAGAAUUAAUCGUCAAGGUGCCAAAAGCUAUUACGGAAGUUAAGGAUCUGAGAUUGGACAUAUCUAAAGAUGGUGGAUCGAAAUCCAAUCUGCUUGUCAAGUUGCAUCUUCAACCUAUACUUGUUCACAUGGGGGAAUCACGGCUUAGCUAUGACCAGUCAUCCUAUUAUAACCAAGGAGGAAGUAUUUCCGAGGGUCAACUAUCCUCAGAUAUGGCUGAGAGGGGAUCUGCUGCUUUCUUCUGCGAGGAAUUUUCACUCUCUUGCGAAUUCGGGCAUGAUAGGGAAGUAGGUGUUGUUAUCCGGGAUGUAGAUUUUACAUGUGGUGAAGUCUCAGUGAACUUAAAUGAGGAGAUGCUUGUAAAGAAUAACGCUCCCAUGGAAAGUUUUUCCAAGGAGGAUAAAGUUGGAGGUGAUAAUUUGGAUAUGAAGGCAGCUUCUAAAUUGGAAAAGAAACAAAAGGCACUUCUGUCACUUAAAAAGUACACCUCCUUGUUUCCGGAAAAGGUUAGCUUCAACUUGCCAAAACUGGAUGUGAGGUUUGCUCACCGAGCUCAAAAUCUUUUUAAUGAGAGUAAUGUCACCGGGAUUCAUUUGAGAUGCAGCAAGUCACCAUUCAUUGAAGACAUGGGGGAAAGUGCACGCUUUGACGUUCAAUUGGACUUCACUGAAAUACAUCUUUUUAGAGAAGGUGGUACUUCUAUAUUGGAAAUCCUGAAGCUUGCCGUGGUUUCUUCUUUUUACGUUCCUAUACAACCAGAAGCACCUCUUAGAGCUGAAGUUGACAUCAAGCUUGGCGGUACCCAAUGCAACAUCAUUAUGAGUAGAAUAAAACCAUGGUUGAGCCUUCACUUGUCAAAAAAGAAGAAAAUGGUACUUCGUGAGGAAAGGCCCGUGCCUGAAAAGUCACAAGCUACUGAGUUCAAUCUUGUCCUGUGGACAUGCACUGUUUCAGCCCCAGAGAUGACUAUUGUGCUUUACAGUAUCAGCGGUUCACCACUGUAUCAGGGAUGUUCGCAAUCGUCGCAUGUAUUCGCAAAUAACAUAGCAAGUACGGGUACGUCAGUGCACAUGGAACUUGGUGAAUUACAUUUGCACAUGGCUGAUGAACAUCGAGAACGUUUGAAGGAAAGCCUUUUUGGUGCGGAAACAAAUACAGGCUCACUAAUGCAUAUAGCAAAAGUAAUUCUUGAUUGGGGGAAAAAAGAGUCAGAAUCACAUGAAGAACGGGGCUCUGGUAAACGUAAGUUGGUUCUCUCCAUUGAUGUCACUGGAAUGGGUGUAUACCUAGGUUUUCAGCGUCUUGAAUCACUGAUAUCAACUGCAAUAUCCUUUCAAACACUUUUUAAAAGUCUCUCUGCUGGGAAAAGAAAAACACCUAGUAGAGGUGUUCAAGCUGCCAAACUAUCUGGGAAAGGGGUUCAGCUUAUAAAACUGAAUCUUGAGCAGUGCUCUGUAAAUUAUUGUGGUGAUGUGGGUGUGGAAGAUGCAGUUGUUGCUGACCCAAAGCGUGUAAAUUAUGGAUCACAAGGUGGUCAAGUAAUCAUUGAUGCCUGUGCUGAUGGUACACCUCGGACAGCAACUAUCGCGUCCACUAUGUCCAAUGGGUGCAAAAUCCUGAAAUACUCCAUAUCCCUUGACAUCUUCCAUUUCAGUCUGUGUGUGAACAAGGAGAAAAGCUCCGUACAGACGGAUCUUGAAAGAGCUAGAUCUAGUUAUCAGGAAUAUCUAGAUGAACAGAAGCCUGGGAAAAAAGUAAUUUUAUUUGACAUGCAGAAUGCGAAAUUUGUACGUCGUUCUGGUGGUCAAAGUGAUAUCGCUGUGUGUUCUCUUUUUAGUGCUACUGAUAUUUCCGUCAGGUGGGAGCCUGAUGUACAUCUAUCACUAUUUGAGCUCAUGUUGCGCAUGAAAUUACUGAUACACAACCAGAAGCAACUUAACCAAGCGAAGGGAGGGUUGUCCAGUGGUAAAGAUGUAGCUUCAGAUAGAAAAGCUGAUGUUGACUCACUGCAAUCUGACAAACAACACAAGAAACGAGAAUCUGUUUAUGCCAUCGAUGUGGAGAUGUUGAACAUAUCUGCUGAGGCUGGAGAUGGUGUAUAUGUAAAGGUUCAGGUUCAGUCAAUCUUUUCUGAGAACGCUCGUAUCGGAGUACUUCUUGAGGGAUUUAUGCUUAGUUUUAAUGAAGCUAGGGUCUUUAAAAGUAGUCGAAUGCAAGUUUCAAGAAUUCCCAAUAUUUCAAGUAGUUCUUCCGAUUCAAAAGUUCAAACUAAGACGUGGGAUUGGGUUAUUCAAGGUCUUGAUGUUCAUAUAUGCAUGCCUUACAGAUUGCAGUUGCGUGCCAUUGAGGAUGCUGUUGAGGACAUGAUUCGAGGUUUGAAGCUUGUCAGCAAGGCUAAAACUAACCUUAUUUUUCCAAAGAAAGAGAGCUCGAAACCGAAAAAGCCGAGUUCGACAAAAUUUGGAUGUCUCAAGUUCUGUAUACGUAAGCUGACAGCAGAUAUCGAGGAAGAGCCCAUGCAAGGUUGGCUUGAAGAACAUUACCAUUUGAUGAGAAAUGAAGCUUGUGAGUUGGCUGUUAGGAUGAAGUUUCUUGACGAUCUUGUUUCAGAAGACACUCAUUCUUCUGGAAAUAAUGAGCCAGAUGAAUCUUGUCCUGACAGAAAGGUUCAGUACAAUGGAGUUGAUAUUGAUUUGAAUGAUACUGCAGGCAUCCAGAAACUAAGAGAAGAAAUCCAUAGACAGGUCUUUCAGUCUUAUUACCAGGCAUGCAAGGAUCUGGCUACCACGGAAGGAUCAGGUGCUUAUAAGGAAGGGUUCCAGUCUGGUUUCAAGUUCAAUAGUACAAAAACUUCCCUUCUUUCUGUUUGUGCGACGGAGUUGGAAGUAACUUUAAAGAAAAUUGAAGGUGAUGAUACUGGAAUGUUAGAAACUGUAAGGAAGCUUGAUCCCGUCUGCCUAGAAAAUGAAAUACCAUUUUCCAGAAUGUAUGGAAGAAAUUUUAAUUUGAAUACAGGCUCUCUUGUUGUAAAGAUAAGAAAUUACCUGCCAAUUCUGUCUGCGAGUGGUGGUAAAUGUGAAGGGCGUGUGAUCCUAGCUCAACAGGCAACAUGUUUCCAACCGCAAAUGCAACAGGAUGUGUAUAUUGGGAAUUGGAGGAAGGUGCGAAUGCUUCGUUCACUGAGUGGUACAACUCCACCAAUGAAAACAUAUCUGGAUUUGCCUUUACAUUUUCAGAAGGCAGAUAUCGGCUAUGGGGUGGGUUUUGAACCCGCUUUCACUGAUAUAAGCUACGCUUUUACAGUAGCACUCCGUAGGGCUAAUUUAAGUGUGAGGAAUCCUGUCACAGAAACUCCUCCACCUAAAAAGGAGAAGAGCUUACCAUGGUGGGAUGAAGUAAGGAACUAUGUGCAUGGAAAUAUUGGUUUAUACUUUACUGAGACAAGAUGGGAAAUUCUCGGGACAACCGAUCCUUAUGAAAAGGUUGACAAACUUCAUGUUGUCUCUGGUUACAUUGAAAUUCUUCAGUCAGAUGGGCAGGUUUCUCUUUCAGCAAAGGAUUUCAAUGUUUACUUGAGCAGUUUGGUGAAUUUAGUUAACAGUUGCAGUUUAAAACUUCCUGAUGGUGUGCCUGGUCCUUUUCUUGUAGUUCCUGCCUUGAGUAUUGUUGUUACCAUGGACUGGGAAUGUGACUCUGGCAAACCUCUUUACCAUUAUCUAUGGGCACUUCCUGUUGAAGGAAAAUCACGUACAAUAGUCUAUGACCCCUUCAGAUCGACUUCACUGUCCCUUCGGUGGAAUAUUUCUUUUCGCCCCCCACUGCCCGCAUGUGAGAAACAAUCCCCAUCCUCUACUAUUGGAGAACAGGCAGUGUUGGAUGGAGCUGCCUACAGUUCAGCAAAUAAAUCGGAGCAUUAUUUGAAGGAUUCACCCAUUUUGAAUGUUGCAGCUCAUGACUUAGCCUGGCUAAAUAAGUUCUGGAAUCUCAACUAUCUUCCUCCCAAUAAGUUGCGUACCUUUUCUCGGUGGCCUCGUUUUGGAGUUCCAAGAAUUGCCAGAUCAGGCAACUUGUCUCUUGACAAGGUGAUGACAGAAUUCAUGCUUCGUAUUGAUUCCAUGCCCACUUGCAUCAAACAUAUGCCUUUAGAUGACGACGAUCCUGCCAGAGGACUGACUUUUACAAUGACUAAGCUGAAAGUUGAACUCUGUUAUGGUCGUGGAAGGCAAAAGUUUACUUUUGAAUCAAAGCGCGAUCCUCUUGAUCUUGUUUACCAGGGUGUUGACCUUCACAUGCUUAAGGCGUAUAUCAAUAAAGAAGAUUCCACAUGUGUAGUGAAAGAGGUUCAGAUGGCAAAAAAAGGUAUGCAAUCCGUUGAUGGAGUUAACAGUGAAAAGUCUAACUAUAUGAGUGCUGGCACAGAGAAGCACAAAGAUGAUGGGUUUCUAUUAUCAUCUGACUAUUUUACCAUACGGAGGCAGGCUCCAAAGGCUGAUCCAGCAAAAUUAUUAUCAUGGCAAGAAGCUGGUAAAAGAAACCCAGAGAUGACAUAUGUUAGGUCUGAGUUUGAAAAUGGUAGUGAGAGUGAUGAGCAUACAAGAUCUGAUCCAAGUGAUGAUGAUGGAUUUAAUGUGGUAAUUGCUGACAAUUGUCAGCGGGUUUUUGUCUAUGGUCUGAAGCUUUUAUGGACUAUUGAAAAUCGAGAUGCUGUUUGGUCCUUUGCUGGCGGACUAUCCAAAGCAUUUCAGCCUCCAAAGCCUUCCCCUUCUCGGCAGUAUACACAAAGGAAGUUGCUUGAGGAAAACCAAGUUCAUGAUGAUGCUGAAAAGCCUCAAGAUGAAGCUGGUAAGCUUUCACCUUUAACUACCCAAGGUUCACCUCAUCCUUCUCCACAACAUGCAGAUGCUGUGAGUUCACAUCCAUCUUCUUCACAUACCGUUAAUAUAGAGAGCUCAGCCCUUGCUGCACUUGCAAAGAAUGAUGACUCGGAGGAGGAAGGUACUCGGCAUUUUAUGGUGAAUGUUAUUCAACCCCAAUUUAAUCUUCACUCAGAGGAAGCUAAUGGAAGAUUUCUCCUUGCUGCAGCCAGUGGUCGUGUCUUAGCUCGGUCAUUCCAUUCAGUUCUCCAUGUUGGUUUGGAGAUGAUUGAGCAGGCACUUGGCACUGAAACUGUAAAUAUUCCUGAAUGUCAACCUGAAAUGACUUGGAAACGUGUGGAAUUGUCUGUGAUGCUGGAGCAUGUUCAAGCUCAUGUUGCACCAACUGAUGUUGAUCCAGGUGCGGGAAUACAGUGGCUGCCGAAAAUUCUUAGGAGUUCUCCGAAAGUUAAACGUACAGGUGCUCUACUUGAAAGAGUAUUUAUGCCUUGUACGAUGUACUUCAGGUACACAAGGCACAAAGGUGGAACUCCAGAGUUGAAGGUGAAGCCAUUAAAAGAGCUCACCUUCAAUUCUCCUAAUAUAACUGCAACAAUGACAUCUCGCCAGUUUCAAGUUAUGCUGGAUGUACUGACCAACCUGCUCUUUGCUAGGCUUCCCAAGCCUCGGAAAAGUAGUAUCUCUUCUCUUUCUGAAAAUGAUGAAGAUGUUGAGGAAGAGGCAGACGAGGUGGUUCCAGACGGGGUUGAAGAAGUAGAGCUUGCAAGAAUCAGUCUCGAAAAGUCAGGACAAGAAAGGAAGUUGCUUCUUGAUGAUAUUAGGAAGCUAAGCUCCUGUAAUACCAUUGGGGAUUCAGGCCCAUCUCCUGAGAAGGAACAUACAUUAUGGAUGGUAAAAGGUGGAAUAUCUACACUGGUUCAUGGAUUGAAGAAAGAGUUGGGGAACACACAAAAAUCAAGAAAGGCAGCAUCUGCAGCGUUAAGGGAUGCUCUUCAGAAAGCUGCACAGUUACGGCUGAUGGAGAAGGAGAAGAACAAAAGCCCUUCCUAUGCAAUGCGUAUUUCUUUGAAAAUCAACAGAGUAGUAUGGGGAAUGCUUGCAGACGGCAAACCUUUUGCUGAAGCUGAGAUAAAUAACAUGAUUUAUGAUUUCGACCGAGACUACAAGGACGUUGGUAUUGCUCAAUUCACAACUAAGUCAAUUGUUGUGAGGAACUGCUUGCCCAAUGCCAAAUCUGAUACGCUGUUAGCAGCAUGGAAUCCUCCUGCUGAAUGGGGAAAAAAUGUGAUGCUUCGCGUAGAUUCAAGGCAAGGAGCUCCGAAGGAUGGAAAUUCAGCUCUUGAACUUUUCCAGGUAGAUAUCUACCCACUGAAAAUUCACUUGACUGAGACAAUGUACAGAAUGAUGUGGGAGUAUCUUUUUCCAGAAGAAGAACAAGAUUCACAGAGACGGCAGGAAGUUUGGAAGGUUUCAACUACUGCUGGUUCAAAACGUGUAAAAAAAACUGGAUCUGGUCAUGAACCAUCUGUAACUAAAGACUCUGAUUUUUUCUCCAAAUUAAGUGCAUCAGUUAUCGCUUCUGCUGGUAGUCAGUCUUCCUCUCAUGGCGACACUUCCCAAACAUCGAAGUCGCAAAACGUUAAAGGGAACAUAGUUCCCGGUACUACGCCAGAACUGAGGCGAACAUCUUCAUUUGACAGAAGUUGGGAGGAAAAUGUCGCAGAGUCUGUGGCUAAUGAACUAAUCCUGCAUGCUCACUCCUCAAGCAUCUCUUCAAGAAGUGGUCCCCUUGGUUCAACAACAGAACAUUUGGAUGAGUCCUCGAGAUAUAAGCCAAAAGACCCGAAGAUAGUUAAACCUGGUCGUCCUUCCCACGAAGAAAAGAAGGUUGGAAAAGCACCAGAGGACAAAAGAACCAGGCCUCGAAAGAUGAUGGAGUUUCAUAAUAUCAAGAUAAGUCAGGUAGAAUUGCUGGUUACGUACGAAGGAUCUAGAUUUGCAGUGAGUGAUUUGAGAUUGCUGAUGGAUUCAUUUCACCGUGUCGAGUUCACUGGCACUUGGAGGAGAUUAUUUUCGAGGGUUAAGAAGCAUAUCAUUUGGGGGGUUUUAAAGUCUGUUACAGGAAUGCAGGGUAAGAAAUUCAAAGACAAAGCUCACACCCAUAAGGAACCCUUGAUUAUUGGUAUUCCUGAUACCGAUCUUCAUUUUAGCGACAGCGAUGGAGAGAAAUCUGGGAAACCCGAUCUCCCUAUAUCUUUCCUCAAGAGACCAAAUGAUGGAGCCGGUGAUGGAUUUGUUACCUCCAUAAGGGGACUUUUCAAUUCGCAGCGCCGCAAGGCCAAGGCGUUUGUCCUGCGGACCAUGAGGGGAGAUGGAGAGAAUGAUUAUCAAGGUGAUUGGAGUGAAAGUGAUGCUGAGUUCUCUCCCUUCGCCAGGCAACUAACAAUAACAAAAGCUAAACGGCUUAUUAGACGGCAUACAAAAAAAUUCCGCUCAAGAGGGCAGAAAGGUGGAACUUCUCAUCAGCGAGAUUCUAUUCCAGAUUCUCCAAGGGAGACAUCACCAGUUGAAAGUGCUGACGAAUCAAGCGGAGGGUCCUCUCCUUACGAAGACUUUAAUGAUUCUCCCAGACAUCCUCCUCAGUCGCUGAUUUUAAAAGGCUGAUGAUUAGUUUGCUCAAUGUACUAUGUUCCGUGUCAAUAAAUCCACAUAAGUUAUCAUAAAUUAUUUGUCACGGUGAUGCUGUUGGACGAAAGGUUCGACGGUUACCGGGAGUUACGUGAAUAAGAAAAGAAAUCUGAGGCUGAGGCAGUUGGCAGGUGAAGGUGUUCAACGUGGGGGGAAUACUGACAGUUGGUCGAUCAAGGUGAAAUGUAUGCCCUCCAGUCUGAACCAAAUGAGUUGUAUAUGUGUGCAACAGUCAUACAGUCAAAGAACUGCCUCCUUUCCGUCUCAAUGUUGUUUAUAUACUGAUAUAGCCUUAAUAUAGAAUUUCUGGUGUCCGGGAAUUCAAUGGUUUUGUAAUUAUGCAUUUAUAUGUAUUUUGAGAAAGGGUUUUUGUUUUAUAUGGCUCGAUAAAACUAUGCCAAAAUUUUGUAAUUCAACUUUUAUUCAUAACAUAGAAAGAUUCAGAAGAGGCAA